UUUCCUCCCCCUUUCCUUUCUUCUUUCCUUACCCUUUCUCUCUCCCCCUUUCAAAACUCGUCUUUCCUUCGCUCCUUUCUCCUCCCCCACUUCGACCUCCCCUACGCCGCCUUCUUCUACGCCGGCCUUGCCUACAGCGUUCUCUACAUCUCAAGACGUAUAACGCUGAUGGGAAAGUAUAUGAGGAAGGCGAAGAUCUCUGGCGAGGUCGCCGUCAUGGAGCUCUCCCAUGGCGUACGCACUCGCGCCCGGACCCUCGCAGCCGCCGCCGCCUCCUGUGCCUAUCUCGAGCUCCGAAGCCGCCGCCUUGAGAAACCCCUUCCCCUGCCUCCGGCCUGCAAGGCCUUCCCCGAGCCCAGUCCUAGCCCCGGCCUGAGAGCAAGUUCGGGAUCUGCGGGGUCCUUCUCAACGAGGCGAUGCUCACUGGACAACGAGGCUCCGCCGGAUGCGCAGGCGUCGUUCGGGGAGAAUAUUCUCGAGGUCGAAGCAACGGACAGGAACAAGAGGGAAACAACGCCUUGCAGUCUGAUCAGAAAUCCAGAAGAAAUACAGACUCCAGGUUCGACAAAUAGACCAACCAGAUCUAGAGCCACUAACCGAAGAAUUCAAACCUUCCGUCAGAACUUGCCUAAUGCUCAUGAAAUGGAAGAGUUCUUCUCUAGGGAAGAACAACUCCAGCAACGAAUAUUUAUCGAAAGGUACAACUUCGAUCCCGCUAAUGACCACCCACUUCCUGGUAGGUAUGAAUGGGUGAAAAUUGACUUCUAGAUGGCAAUCAUGACUUCAAACUUUGGAAGAUAUCUCCAUAUUUUAAUGCUGUGUAACAUAUAGAGAUGACGAGCCGUACGUUCAAAAAGGUGUAGUUGAAAAAAUUAAACUCACGCUUAACUUGUUUAACAAGAAAUUUAGCGAUCAUCAUAGGGUUCAAUCAUCUGUGAAUUUGUCGCAUAGAAAAUACUCGGUGCUGGGUUUAGUGAUACUUACUGUAUGUGUUAGUCACUUGUCCGAUCGAUCGUAUUCAUCAAGGAUUUGCAUAUUGCGCUGAAAUGAGUGAAGGAAAGAACAGCUUCAGCUUAUUAUUCAUUUUUCAGUCAGUAUUUAACUGUUUAUACUAAGCGACUGUUUAAGGACCAUGAAAAGAAAAUUUGUUUUGUCGGGGUUUUACUGGAUGGAAUGCUUUGGUCGCAUCGUUAGACACACUAAA